AAUAAGGGCAAUGAUUAUUGAGAAAGCCAGAUUAACUGAGAGAGACACUUUAGAGUUAGAAAAGUUACUAAACCUACUUCCAUAUGACUCAUAAACCAUAUGGAUCUGCACAGACAAGGUGGAAGCCAAGGAGCAUGUAUGAAGGAUUUGAGCCUGCAGGGAGACGAGACCACAGACUGGCUGUAGUGUGUCUGGGGCUGCUGUGUUUCCUGCUGCUGACGGCCCUCAUAGUGCUGGCUGUUUACUAUAGCACAGUUACUCACCAUGCAGGGAUAGAGCAAAACAACCUGAGAAAAGAGAGAGACAAGCUACUGCUGAAUUACAGCCUGUGGAUUGCAGAGAGAGACCAGCUACUGCUCAAUUACAGCUUCCAGACAGCAGAGAGAGACCAGCUACUGCUGAAUUACAGCCUGCAGACUGCAGAGAGAGACCAGCUACUUAUGAAGUUUGAUAAAUGCUGCAACAAGAGUGGUGUCUGUCCAUCUGGCUGGAGGAGACUCAGUACAAGCUGUUACUACAUUUCCACUGAGACAAAGAACUGGAGUGACAGCCGACAGGCCUGUAUGCAGUUAGAAGCCAACCUGGUGAUCAUCAGCAGCAGAGAGGAGCAGGUCUUUGUUGAGGGUCUGUCUGGAGAUUUCUGGAUUGGUCUCAGUGACAUUGAGAGUGAAGGAACCUGGAAAUGGGUGGAUGGAACAACAAUUCCUGUAGAGAAAGGGUACUGGCGAGCAAAUCCACAGCAGCCUGAUAACUACGGAAAUGAAGACUGUGUGCAUACAUAUAAUACCAUACAUUCUGUUCCUUUUCAGACAUGGAACGACCGUCCAUGUAAUGAUGUUAUACAAUGGAUUUGUGAAUCCGUACUCAAGUGUUAACCCACAAAUGGAGGGUCUCUCCAUCACUCACUGUUGACUAUAGAUGGACAAUCAGGGUGAAAUGUUUAUUUUCAUUGCUGUCGAGAAGACGUAGGAUAAUCUCAGCUCUUCUGCAGCAAGAAUUAUUUUUUUUUAAAUGUUUAUGUGCUAAAUUAUAUCCUAUAAUACUCAUGCUUUUUAUUAAAAUUUAAUAUUGUAGAUCAUGGUUUGAGUGAUAAUCCUUAUUCAUAUGUUGCCAUGGUCAUUUAUGUAUUUUAGAACUUUUUAUACUCACUUAACCCUUUACCUGCUGCACCGACCUCUUAUUGUGUAGGAUCCUCUUCUGCUUCUACAUGCAGUUUAUCAUAUGACAGCUCAAACGUUCAGAGACACCUUUCUGCACGUCACUGCUGUACUGAGCGGUUAUUUCUGUGCUGAGCCGUGGCCUUCCUCUGAGCGUUGAGUUGACUCUUAGUCAUUUUUUACUUUUUAUAACUUUACCCCCAGUUUCUCUUCUUCUUUCUUGUAGCUUGGGGCUUACAGCCAAUCAACAUCUCAACAACCAACACCUUUUUUCUCUCCCCCCUACAUAAACACCCACCCGCCUUUGGUACACAGCUCUCUUUUUUCUCUGUGCAACGUCCGGUCCAUAUAUAAACUACAUUUAAUCAAUUUUGUUCCUCACAUGGUUGUAAAUUGCAAAAUAAAUGAA